UCACAUCCGCUACCCAGCGCUCCACGGCUCUCAAACACGAACUAAAGAUCAAAACACGUUGAUAAGAAAACUUCAAAAUUGAUAAAUUUUUUAAAAAUUUUGUUCAUGUGCGAUUUCAACAAUUUUUCUACGAUAUGAGAGAACACAUAAUGUUGAAAAGGAAGUUUGGUCAUUUCAUUGUGAAAAGAUACGCGAGCGCAACAAUUUCGACAAAACAGAAGGAAGAUAUUCCUCCAAAAUCGCAUGUUUUCAAAAAGAAAUUGUUCACCACUCACACCGAAUUAGCUGAUAAUUUAGCAGAGAAUGCAAUAUUUAAUAAAAAAGGUUUAUUAAUAUUAAACAAGCCGUAUGGGCUGAAAAAAGAACAAAAAGAAGAAUACCGUAGUAAUAUACAAGUUGCUCUACAUCCGUCAGUUUCCAAAAUUGAUCACUUAAGCUUUGCUGGAGCGCUCCCUCGUCUAUGUGAGAGCUUAUCAAUUGAUCAGUUAAACCUCCUUAAACUUCCUGAAAGAUAUACCUCGGGAAUCUCCAUUCUUAGUUUUAAAGACUCGGCAAAAAAACGAAUCGAAAAGUACCUUAGACGACCUUUUAUCCAGCCAUAUACUUAUUUAGUCCUGUGUAAUGGAAUUCCCAAAGAAGAAGAAAAUUCUGCAAACCUUGGAAUCACGCUACAAGAAAAGAAAAACUUGAAAAAGGUAAUAACUCUCGAAGAAUACAGCUCGAACUCUAGCAAAUCACAUAAAGUAUUUCCUUUACGCAUACAUUAUCGAGUACUGGAUGUAAACGAAGAACUGAAAAUAUCUCUGCUGAAGUUGACGGCUAAUCGAAAUAAAUGGCACUGUUUACGACUUUACUGCGCUACGAACUUACUUUCUCCUUGCUUAGGAGAUUGGUUGUUCAGUCCUAGAGUGAGAUAUAUAAACAAUGUGGCUGUGCUCGCUGAUCCUUUCAAUCCUAUCGCCGAUUCUCCUGUAGAUUUACCGGACAAGAUUUUAGAAGCGUUGCAAAUUAGAAAAAAUGACCAAAAAUCUAUUCCACUGCAUAUGCAUUUGUCAAAAUUAGAUUUGAGCAGUAUUGGUGUUGAUAAUACUUUCAUUGCUAAACCUCCAGAGCAUUUUCUUUGGUCUUGUCAACAACUGGGUAUUUCUGUUCCCGAAUUUUAUAUGAAUAACUGUUCUAUGCCAUUUGAAAAGAGAAUAGACUCUGUUGAAGCGACGUGAAUGAUGUAAUUUUAAACUGUAUCCAAUAAUACAAACGUUAGUUUUUUUACAUGCA